AUGCCGUUCUCUAUGGUAGUGGUAACACCCGUAUGGAUCACUCUCAUCUCAAUAUCAAUGGCGAUUGAAUGGAUGGACAAGAUUCGUAAGACUCCAGGAGCCGAGAUUAUGAUGAACAAUGUUAUCAAGGUAUGGAUAUGUCAAGUAACACUAGAGUUCAUCUACCCACCGUACUACUACGUCUUCACGAUACUGCCCGAUAGGGGUCAGAUGGUGUUUGCAUUGAUACUCCCAGUGAUCAAGCUGGCCAUGAGGAAUUUUUUCGCUCGGACAGUGGUUCAUCUUACCGACGAAAUGCCUGAAGUCAUCGUCUUCAACGCCGAAGUGUUCAACGCGCUGUUUGUAUCCUACUGCAUGCAGAACUCACCAUCGACCUGGACAACAUUGGAGCUAAUGUUCGGUGACAUCGCAAUGAUAUUGAUCUCGGUGCAAGAUAUGGAAUCAAUUCGCCGUGACCUGAAAGAGUUGGAACUGCGAAUCGGUCAAGAAAAUAGUUCAAGUAGCUGUUGUGCUUUGGAUCUCAACGCAGGAAAUCGAAGACCUACCACACUGGAUAGGACGCAGGUACUCUUGGAACAAGAUGCACAACAACAAGGCAAGGAAGUCUCACGGCGUCUUGGGCACGAGUUGGAUUCUGAACAGCGAUCUCCAGAACAAGUAAAGCCCAGCAGGAACAAAGUUGCUGUUGCAUCUCGUGUGGUAUCUCUUCCUGUGCGUAUAGUUACGAACAAACAUCGUGAUAGAGUCAAAGUCCAACCAACAGUUGUGUCUGCCGGAAAAUCUCUUCGGAAGUUCUCGGUCAAGCUAAGAUAUACACGUAAAGUACAGACUCUGCUGUACAUGGCGGAAUUUCUUCUCCUCCUCAACUACGUCGAGGUUGUCAUCCCACUCGUUUUCUCAAUCUACAUGUUUGCCACCUAUCAACUGCCAAAUCGCGAGUAUUAUUCGCAAUUGCACGGGAUGACACAAACCGAGUUGAUGCAGACGCUGGAAAAUGUCAUGUUCUACUGCCUACUCCAGACCGUAUCGCUACUACUUUUGAUAUUUAUCUUGCAGCGCAAGGUAGGCCUCUCGCCGAUGCAUCAGUUGGCUUAUGUACUGGAGAAACAAUACUCUGGAGUACAGACACGACUCGUAUUCUGGGUAUUCUACAAUGUGCAGGCGUCACUACAGCACUUUGGUUAUGACUACACCUUCCGAUUUCUGUGGCUGCACAACACCACUAACAAUGGCAUGUGA